CAUCGCUUGUGUGUUUGGAUGAUCCAGUGUUCUGUAGGAGCGUCCAGAGUGGACUUUUCUCGUCCUUCUUCGACUCUUGGAUGUUUGUCAAAUGUCCGGCUUUCAGGCUCUUUCAGUUUUUCCAGUGGAGGUCCAGCAGCUUUCAGUGAACAAAGAAGAUGUUUGCCCUGAGCAGCAGGAGGAGAGCUCCAGUGUAAACCAGGAGAUUGGAGAGCCUCUGCAAAUAAAAGAUGAACCUGAGGAACUGUGGAGCCAUCAAGAGGGAGAGCAGCUUGGUGGUGAAGAGGAGCAUAACAUAAUCAAGUUCACUUUAGUUCCUGUCCCUAUGAAGUGUGACAUCGAUGAAGAGAAACCUCAAUCCUUACAGCUUCAUCACAAACAAACCAAACAGAUAGAACCAGGAGCAGAUGGAUCUGACUGUGGAGGACCAGGAGCAUCUACAUACAGUGAUCCAGAGAGAGCUUUACAACCAGAGAUUGAGGUCAAGAUUGAAGACCUUUCUGAAGCUGAGACUGAUGACAGCACUGAUUGGAGGGAGAUGACAGAACAGCAGUCAGGUUUAAUGUCAGUGGGAAAAAGCACGAGAAAGAGGGCAACAGUUGAGAAGACACUGCAUCAAUGCUCAGUGUGUGGUGGAAGAUUUAAGACUAAACGCAAUUUGCAUAAUCACAGGGUAGUUCAUACCAAAGAAAAACCCUAUAGCUGCUCUGAGUGUGGUCAGAGAUUUACCCAAAAAGGAACUAUGAUUGUACACAUGAGGACUCACAAAGGAGUGAAACCGUUUAGCUGUUCUGAGUGCGGUAAGAGAUUUACCAAGAAAGGUAAUAUGAACACACACAUGAGAACUCACAAAGAAGUGGAAACCUUCAGCUGCUCUAUGUGUGAUCAGAGUUUUACCCAAAAAGGACAUUUAACUGGUCACAUGAGAAUUCACACAAGAGAUAAACUAUUUGUCUGUUCUCCAUCUGGCUAUAGAUUUCAAAAUAAAAUAAUUUUGAAUGAUCACAAGAUAUUUCAUACCAGAGAAAAACCCUUCUGCUGCUCUGAGUGUGGUCAGACAUUUGCCCAAAAAAUAAGAUUAACUGAGCAUAUGAGAAGUCAUACAGGAGAGAAACCAUUCAGCUGCUCUGAGUGUGGUCAGAGAUUUGCCAAAAAAAUGAGAUUAACUGUUCACAUGAGAAUUCACACAGGAGAGAAACGAUUUGUCUGCUCUGUGUGUGGUCAGAGAUUUAGAGAAAAAACAAGUUUAAAUGUUCACAUGAGAAUUCACACAGGUAUAAAACCAUUUGUCUGCACUGAGUGUGGUCAGAGAUAUACCCAAAAAGGACAUCUGGCCUCACACAUGAUGGUUCACACAGGUGAAAAACCAUUUGUCUGCUCUGUGUGUGGUGAGAGAUUUACCCAAAAAGGAAGAUUAGCUGGUCACAUGAUAAUUCACACAGGUGAGAAACCAUUUGUCUGCUCUCAGUGUGGUCAGAGAUUUACCCGAAAAGGAAGAUUAACUAGUCACAUGAGAAGUCACGCAGGUGGAAAACCGUUUGUCUGCUCUGAUUGUGGUCAGGGAUUUACCCGAAAAGCAAGAUUAAAUGUUCACAUGAUGGUUCACACAGGUGAAAAAAGUUUUUCUGUUCUGAGUGUGGACAGGGAUUUACCUGAAAAGCAAGAUUAAAUGUUCACAUGAGAAUUCACGCAGGUGAAAACAGUUUGUCUGCUCUGAGUGUGGCAAAAGAUUUACCCUCCAAGUAACUUUGACCAGACAUAUGCUAACUCAUAUCAGAGAAAACCCCUUCAGCUGCUCUCAGUGUGGUCAGCCACUUACAGAAAAAGGAAAUGUGGCUAUAUGCAACCCUGCAACUCACACUUCUGGCCCCUGGAUUGUAAACUUUAAAGGUUUUCUUUUGAACUGUUAAUGCCUUCUCCCUCUGGACACACACAGCAAGAACCAGAUGUUGCUUAUACAUACCUGAGUACAUGUCCUGCUUGACUGGAGGAGUUUGGACCAAAGAUCUCAAAAAUGCUUUAAACAUACAGUAAAUGUAGAAAGGCUCCCUGUGUGUGUGACGUCACCACCCCCUCCCUUCCUGUGUUCAUCCCUGUCUCACUCAGAGCAGACGAAGCAGUGAGACGUUCAGAAUUAGAUGCUUGCCCUGUUACUGUGUUGAAUGGUGAAGUGUGCGCCCAUAUGAAUUGAGUAAUAAGUGAUUUAAGAUAGUUUCUGUGUUUAUUAUGCUUAAUGUGAAGAAGUAAAGAACUUGCCACCAGCGGUUAGCAUCCACACUUAGCAUUAACUGUUAGCACGCUAGCUAAUAGAAGAGCAAGUAAACACAUUUAUGUCACUUAUAUGUUUACCUAACAUUGCUAACAUACACACCCUUAUUUGUCUUAGUUAUGUUGAUAUUCUCAGUGUAUGUUUUGUUAUUAGGAGUGUUAUUUGGGUUCUCCAUGCUAUGCUAGCAUAUCGAGUUAGUGAGACAGCAACAGUGUCUGAUUUAUGUUUUAUUAUUUUACAGACCACACCCUCAGACUUCUGAAUCCACCCUCAAA